UGAAGUCUAUUAACACUUGGGCCAAGCGGGAAGGAUACGCGAUCAUCAAAUACAGCAAGAAAAUGGACAAGCGCACGCCCCCUCAGGUGCGGAAAGUGCUUGUUCAAUGUGAUUAUGCCGGCACCUAUACGUCAGCCAGCAGGAAGCGGAACACCCAUACAAAGAAGUCUAAUUACCUUAUGAAAGGAGCCUUCACGAGAGACCUACAAGUAGGUGAUUGGUUCUUUGAAGUUAAUGUUUCUAUUCACAAUCACGAGCCGUAUGAUCCUGAGGAUGGCACUCCAGCCGUGCAUCGAGACGGUAUGGAUGAGGCUACAGUUCAGACAAUACAGAAUCAGCUCAACGGAGGCACGCCCGUAGGUGCUAUCUUCAACAACCUUAUCGCUGAGGGCCCUGAGGAUGCCCCCCCUAUGUCCACGCCUGAGGAGGAGGCUGCUCGUAGUGAAGGAACCGGUGCAGCAGGAGGAUAUUCGGGUGUGAGGCCAUGGUAUACAGGCCUAGUCGGCGUUCCUUUCAGUCAGCAAUUGGACGGUGGCCAUCUAGGCACUUUCCGCUUCUAGACUAGCUA